AUUGUCAGUUUAAUUGGGAGGCAGAUGAAGGAUGCUUACAAUAUGGCUGAUUUUUGCUGGGCUCCAUCAAGGACCUCAUAGGGUACUAAGGAGGCACAGAGAAAGAGCUUCUGAUUUGGGUAUUUGGUCAUUCCAGGGUUGCCACUCAAGUACCUACAGAGAAGUCAGACAGGUAAAUGGGCAACGAAGGGUAGUUAGGAACUGUGGCAAACAAAGUUGCUGCCAGAGCUUCUGGUUUUUUUCUAGGACAAGCCACAAACCUGAAGUUUUAUGUGCGCCCUCUUUUUAAGUCAUAUAAAUGAAUUCCAAUUUUAAAAAGUGGGAGCCCAAACAAAACACUCCCACAGGACAAGUUUGUUGUCCAGCAGGACACAUGACUUGUCAGUUUGUUAGGCAUUCUUCCACUUAACCCUGCCUCUUACCAAAAACUUUAUUUUAAAAUAGUCAGUGGGAAAUAUAAUACAGCAGCGGCAGGCCAGACAGCUUUGUUGUAUCAUGGGAGACUUUGGUACAGUGUUUCUCAAAGUUCAGUAUGUGUAGGAAUCACCUGAACAGGCUCGUUGAAAGGCAGAUUCUGACUAGGGGUUGUGGAGGGGGGCCUGAACAUUUGCCCAUGCCUUUCUUUCUUGGACGAGGCUGGGUUUGAACCCGCCACCUCCAGCAUAUAGGGCUGGCGACCUACUCCUUUGUGCCACAGGCGCCGCCUGCCUAUUCCUUUCUAACAAGCUCCCAGGUGAUCGUGAUGCUGCGGAGCCCUAUAAUACAAAAGGGAACGGGGACUUGCCGUGAAACUGCGUUUGUCUGGCAAGGAUCCUGUUUUUACUUAGAUUUUAGUUUGCUUAGGGUGGCGUGGCAGAGAGCUGAUGGCCUUUACCAUCAAGGCGAGUGCUAAGGCUCUCCUAAGUUUCUUGUUGGCUCUGCCAGGUCGUUACUCUUAAGAGUUUAUAUUCUAGAAGGUGGGGCGGGGAUAGGAGGAGGUACUAGGAAAAGCUUCCUGGAGUAGGUGCCUGUGAACUGCUGGAGCUUCGCCGGCUGGCCUAGAGAGGGAGAAACCCUGAACGAAUUCGCCCUCUCCUGGGGCUGGGGCUCGGCAUCCCUACGCCAGGCAUGGUUUCCCAGGAUAUCCCACGUGUCUGCGGUCGGCGCGCCCCUGUCAAUCAAAUUUUUCCCCCGGCUGGCUCUGAGUUUAAAGGCGGCUGCGGGGUAGAGCGCUCCCAUGGUGCCGCGCGGCGGGCGGGUUUGGAUUUUAAAUCCCCGCGGCCAAUCAGUGGCGCGCAGGCUUCUGUAACGUUCCCAGCACCGCGUUUGAAUUCGGGGAGGAGAGGAACUGUGCGACGCUUCUGCUCCCACCCUGCCAGGUCUGCCGAGCAACUCCGGGAGCAUGAGUGCAGCGGCGACUGCAGGGAAGCUGGCACGGGCACCGGCCGACCCUGGGAAAGCCGGGGUCCCUGGCGCUGCAGCUCCUGGGGCGCCGGCGGCAGCUCCUCCAGUGAAAGAGAUCCCGGAGGUCCUAGUGGACCAACGCAGCCGGCGGCGCUAUGUGCGGGGCCGCUUUUUGGGCAAGGGCGGCUUCGCCAAGUGUUUUGAAAUCUCGGAUGCUGACACCAAGGAGGUAUUCGCAGGCAAGAUCGUGCCUAAGUCUCUGCUGCUGAAGCCGCACCAGAAGGAGAAGAUGUCCAUGGAGAUUUCCAUUCACCGCAGCCUCGCCCAUCAGCACGUUGUAGGCUUUCACGGCUUUUUCGAGGACAACGACUUCGUGUUCGUGGUGUUGGAGCUCUGUCGCAGGAGGUCUCUCCUGGAGCUGCACAAGAGGAGGAAAGCCCUGACUGAGCCUGAGGCCAGAUACUACCUGAGGCAAAUCGUCCUUGGCUGCCAAUACUUGCACCGAAACCGAGUUAUUCACCGGGACCUUAAGCUGGGCAACCUCUUCCUGAAUGAAGACCUUGAAGUGAAAAUAGGGGAUUUUGGACUGGCAACCAAAGUCGAAUAUGAUGGGGAGCGGAAGAAGACCCUGUGUGGGACUCCUAAUUACAUAGCUCCUGAGGUGCUGAGCAAGAAAGGGCACAGUUUCGAGGUGGAUGUGUGGUCCAUUGGGUGCAUCAUGUAUACCUUGUUAGUGGGCAAACCACCUUUUGAGACUUCUUGCCUAAAAGAGACCUACCUCCGGAUCAAGAAGAAUGAAUACAGUAUUCCCAAGCACAUCAAUCCUGUGGCCGCCUCCCUUAUCCAGAAGAUGCUUCAGACAGAUCCCACUGCCCGCCCAACCAUUAAUGAGCUGCUUAACGAUGAGUUCUUUACUUCUGGCUACAUCCCUGCCCGUCUUCCCAUCACCUGUCUCACCAUUCCACCGAGGUUUUCCAUUGCUCCCAGCACCCUGGACCCCAGCAGCCGGAAACCUCUCACAGUCCUCAAUAAAGGCAUGGAGAACCCCCUGCCUGAGCGACCCCGGGAGAAAGAGGAACCAGUGGUUCGAGAGACAGGUGAGGUGGUCGACUGCCACCUCAGUGACUUGCUACAGCAGCUACACAGUGUCAAUGCUUCUAAACCCUCUGAGCGAGGGCUGGUGAGGCAAGAGGAGGCUGAGGAUCCUGCCUGCAUCCCCAUCUUCUGGGUCAGCAAGUGGGUGGACUAUUCCGACAAGUAUGGCCUCGGGUACCAGCUGUGUGACAACAGUGUGGGGGUGCUCUUCAAUGACUCGACACGCCUCAUCCUCUACAAUGAUGGUGACAGCUUGCAGUACAUAGAGCGUGAUGGUGCUGAGUCUUACCUCACUGUGAGUUCCCAUCCCAACUCUUUGUUGAAGAAGAUCACCCUCCUUAAGUAUUUCCGGAAUUAUAUGAGUGAACACUUGCUAAAGGCGGGUGCCAACAUCACGCCACGGGAAGGCGAUGAGCUAGCCCGGCUGCCCUAUCUGCGUACCUGGUUCCGCACCCGCAGCGCCAUCAUCCUGCACCUCAGUAACGGCAGUGUACAGAUCAACUUCUUCCAGGACCAUACGAAACUCAUCCUGUGCCCACUGAUGGCAGCUGUGACAUACAUUGAUGAAAAGCGUGAUUUCCGCACAUAUCGCCUGAGCCUCCUUGAGGAGUAUGGCUGCUGCAAGGAGCUGGCCAGCCGGCUUCGCUAUGCCCGCACCAUGGUGGACAAGCUGCUGAGCUCACGCUCAGCCAACAACCGCCUCAAGGCCUCUUCAUAGGCACCCUGAACUCGUGCCCCUCUCCACUCCUCUCAGCACUGGGGCCUGCACUGGUCAGUGCCCGCAGUGCUGUUUUUGUAAUGUGUCCCCCAGCCCUGGGGGCUGGGCAAAGAGCUGCAUCAUCCUUGCAGGUGGGGGUUGCUGUGUAUAAGUUAUUUUUGUACAUGUUCGGGUGUGGGUUCUUUCCCUUCCCCCUCAACCCCACCAUAUGAAUUGUACAGAAUAUUUCUAUUGAAUUUGGGAUUGUCCUUCCUUUGCUUUAUAUACAUUAAACAUAUGUGAAUCUUC